GAAAGUUGAGAGAGGGGCCAUCAAUGAAGCUCAUCUCAGUCGCGCUGCUCGCGGGGCUCAUCCCGCGGACCGCCCAAGGCGACUGGAUUGACAAGGUCGUCGACAAGACCUUCGUCCGCGUCGAGACCUUCCUCGCCGGCGAGGUCGAAGACCCCUGCGAGACGGCCGUGGCUAGCCUGGUCGGCGAGGGCGGCACCGACGACUCGGUGCUGGCGAACGUGCUCGAGUCGCUCUCGCUCACGCCAUGCCGUGGUCGCUUUGGCCUCUUUACGGAAGACCAAGUGGAGGCGUGCUUGGCCGUGCAGAGCUCGCCCGAGGUGCAGGCCAUGAUUGACCACGGCUUGAAGGACCCGACGAUGGUGUGCGCGUGGCGCCCGUUCUGGACGCAAGCGACCGCCAACACGCUUAACGGCGUAGGUAUCGACUCGUGCGAGCUUUGCCAGCGCACGACCGAGCUGAUUGAAGACACGCUCAAGAAGGAAGAGCUCGCGGUCCAGCUCAUUCAGCAAGGCCUCAAUAUCUUGUGCCGGUACCUCCCCGAAGCGACCAAGUGCAAGGUGCUUGAGGACCGCUUCGAUGACAUUGUCGAGUGGAUCAAGGAAGGCUUCUCGCCCAAGCGCAUUUGCAAGAAGAUCAAGCUCUGCGCUGCCAAGCACCACAAGAAGCGCCACGACCACGCUUUGCCCAAGCCCCUCGAUGUGCACCACAUUGAGCAACUUCCUGCUGUCGCCGCCUCGGCGUCUCGUUAUAGUGGCGAGCUUUGCACGAUCUGCCGUGACAACGGGCGCAUCAUGCAGCAGUUUGCCGACUCGCCGCACGGCCUCGAGCUGUACAAGACGGGCAUCCAGUCGGUGUGCCGCCUCGCGCCCGACGCUGUGAGCUGCAAGUUUAUGACGGCGACGUUUGACGCUCUUGCCAACGAGUUCCGCGCGGGAUCCUCGGUCGACGAGGCGUGCGCGGCUGUCAAGGCGUGCGGCUAUGACACUGAGCCGACGUACUUGGGCUGCUCGUUCUGCGAGUACACGGCCGGUGUCGUGGCGUCGGCGAUUCAGCAAGGCGGCACGGCCACGCUGCCGACGGUCAAGCAAGGGAUUGCGAUCAUGUGCAGUGCGCUGCCGGCGCAGGCGCAGUGCGAUGUCAUGGACGCGCAAUUCGAUACGCUCGCGCAACUCGUCCAGCAAGGCAAGACGCCCGAGGUGACGUGCGAGACGAUCAACAUGUGCUCGCCGCGGCCGGUGUCGUCGCUGGCGGUCGUGCCCUUUGCGUCGGCGUCGCAGGACGAGAUCGAAUGCCUCUUGUGUGAGUACACGGCGCAGGUCAUUGCCCGCGUCGCCGAGUACUCGACGGACAUGGUGCCCAUGGUCAAGCAGGGCAUGCAGCUCUUGUGCACCCAAGUGCCCGAGCCCGACUUUCAAUCCGAGUGCAACGCAGUGGUCGCUGUCUUUGAUAAGCUGGCGUCGCUCAUCGAAGACGGCACGGGCCCGACCGUGGCCUGCCGCAACGUUGAGCUCUGCGCCGCCCAGCGCCUUCCCGCCUUGCCGCAGAAGGCGCUCGCGCAACUGGAGGCCAAGGUGACGGCGAUUGUGCACGGCGCGUCGCCCAAGGAAGACGAGAUCCAGUGCCUCUUUUGCGAGUACACGGCCGAGCUCAUUGCGCAAGUAAGCGCGUACUCGAAGGACUUGGUGCCGCUCGUCAAAGAAGGCAUGGAGCUCGUGUGCGGUCGCAUCCAAGUGCCCGAGUUUCAGGACGAGUGCAACGCGGUUGUCGCCAAGUUUGAUCGCUUGGCCGACCUCGUUGAAAACGGCGCGGCGGCCCACGAUGCGUGCCGCAAGGUCCAGCUGUGCGACGCAGCGAUUGCGGUCUCGAAGGAAGUGGCGGCGCUCGAGACGCGCGUCCGUGCAGUCCUUGUGGCCACUACGCCGAGUGACGUGAACGGCCAAGUCGCGUGCGCCUUGUGCGAAUACGUGGCGCGAGUCAUCAAGCGCGUUGGCGACUACUCGCAAGACCUGCUGCCCCUUCUCAAGAAAGAUCUGGCUACCUUGUGCAGCCGUACCCUAAUGCCCCAGUUUGAAGACGAGUGCAACGCGGUCGUCGCCAAGUUUGAUGCGAUUGCGUCGGUGAUUGAAAGCGGCGCGACCCCGGACGCGGCGUGCCGCAAGGUGGCGCUCUGCAGCGCGCGCAUGGCGCUUCUCGCGACAGAGAUGGCGCAGUUCGAGGCCAAGUUGCUGGCAGUCGUCGACGGCAAGACGACGCAUGCGCAAGAAGACGUGAUCGAGUGCAUUACGUGCUCGUACACGGCGUACGCCAUUGUGCGAGUGGGCGCAGUCUCGAAGGACUUGGUGCCGCUCGUCAAGGAAGGUAUGGAGGUCAUGUGCGGCCAAAUUAUGUUCCCGGACGAGUGCCAUGCGGUCGUUGCGCAGUUUGAUGAGCUGGCGUCGCUUGUCGACAGUGGCAUGAGUGCGACCGACGCCUGUGCCAAAUUGCAUUUUUGCGACCAAGCGACCACGCACUCCAACGUGGAAGCGCGCCAGGCGUUUGUGAUGCAGCAGCUGGCCGUGCUCGAGACCAAGACCAAGAGUCUCGUUGGCAAGAACGACCUGAUUGGGUGCCUUCUCUGCGAGUACACGGGCGAAGUCAUUCUCCAAGUCCAGUCGUUCUCGCCGGACCUCAUUCCGCUCGUGAAGGAAGGCCUCGAGGUGCUCUGCGCCCGUAUGCAAGGCACGGGCAUUGACGAGCAGUGCAAUGCGAUCGUGACCAAGUUUGACACGCUCGCCGAGCUGAUUGAAGGGGGCAAGCCGCCCAACGUGGCGUGCGCCAAGGUCGUGCUCUGCGCUGCCAAGCCGAUUGCGCAACCGGAGGUCCUUGCCCUCGAGGCGCGUGUCGCCCAGUGGAUGGCGCACCCCGAGUCGGUGACGACGCAGGAAGGCUGUCUCUUUUGCAAGUACGCGGCGACGUCGAUCGCGGCCGUCGCCCAAGUCGACAAGUCGCAGCUGCCCAAGCUGCGCGAAGCGAUCGCGACCAUGUGCAGCGUGCUCCCGCCGGCCGUCGAGUGCGAUGCGGUCAACGAGUCGUUUGAGAAGCUCGUCGCAGCCCUCGAGGCCGGUGCGAGUCCCGCGACCGCGUGCGAGAGCGUCGGUCUCUGCGGCCGCCCGCGCAUCGUGGUGGCGUCGGCGCUUCUGGCGACGCAGUAGCUCAUGUCGGAGUCUUGAAUACGAAUGGUUUCGUGUUGCUGUUUCGCA